CUUGUUGCGCGGAGCUGUGUGGAUUGCAUGGAGCUCAGCAUGGACUACAGAUACAACUUUUAAAUUCAGUCGGACAAUUUACUUUUUAUCCUGAGGACGUCUGCUCACUAAGUUACCAAAAGAUAUGGAGAAUGAUGUCCUAUCCACUGCUGUCAACACCCAGGGGUCAUGCCCUAUCCUGGAUGGACCCUCUCUUCCCUCCCCCAUCAAUUCUCCUCCUGUAGUCUCCAAUAACAUCUCUGCUUCUGCCUCUGACCUUGCAAAAUCUUCAUCCUCAAAAGAGACCACCUCAGAACCCAGAAAAUUAACUAACUCCUCUCAAACAUCCGCUCACACCAUUUCUUCCCUUCCUUCUUUAGAGGGUUCAAAGCCAUUAAGUCCCACUGUGCUCUCUGAACCUGCACCUAAACCCUCCUCUCCUCCUCCAAACAAAACUGCAAACUGCUCUGCUCCUGAAAUCCCAAAAAUGUCAUCCCUUUCCAAACUCAAAUCUGCCUCCUUCACAUCUGCUACCAUGGCUCUUAACACUCAAACAGAUUCCUCUGACUCUUCCUCCCCUCCUGCUUCCACUGUGGAUCCUGCAACUUCUUCCAGCGCUACUGUUAAACGCACCUUUGCCUCCAUGGCCAAGCGGGUAAUAAUACAGGAAAGACUAAGGAAAGCCGAGGAGGAUGAAAAGGAUAUAGAAGAUGAUGACGAACCAGAGGAAGAUUUGUCUUUGGAGCAGUUGGAGGAGAAUGCCACUGCGGGUGAUGCCAGAGCCCAGACCCGGCUGGCUCAGCACUACUUGCUUCUUUCUGAAGAUAAGGACACAGAGCUAAAUAGUCGUCUGGCUGUUAAUUGGCUGAUUAAAGCAGCUAAACAGGGAAGAAAAGGUGCAUCAAGGGCACUGCAGCGCUGUUGGAUCCAGAGAAAAGGAAUCACCCCAGAAAAUGAGGUGCACGUGCGCAAGUUGGCAACAGAGAGUAGGUUUGAGCUGGCUGUGCGUAAAGCAGCCAUGAUGAUGUACUGGAAACUGAAUCCUGAGAGGAAGAAUAAGGUGGCUGUGUCUGAAAUGCUGGAAAAUGUCGGGCAGGUCAAUGCAGUGCCAGUAGGUGGCACUGCAAGCAGGAAUCCUGUCCCAACCUCAGGCCAGACCCAGAAAGUAUUGGAGAGCAUGGUCAACAAUAAGUCUUCUCAGAUGGUGGACCUGGAUGACUUUGUAGAGAUGACUAAAAAGUAUGCACAAGGUAUUGUCCCCUCUACAUCUCAAACUGACAGCCAGGUCGAGGCCAAGACUGAAAGCCCUACGCCUAAUGACAGAAGAGAGGAGGUGAAAGACCAUAUCAGCAAAAAUCAGAAGGCUGAGCUGGUACCAUCGACAUGCAAGAAGGCCUAUAAACGAUCUUGGAGUUUUGGCCGAAGUGGGAUGAUGGACAAUGGGGGAAUGCAAAAAGCCAUGGACAUGAAAUCACGCUUAAUGAUUCUGCAGUACCCGCUGCAUGCCAUCAUUGAGAUGAAACAGCACCUGGUGGACUGGGCGUCUCGGGCCGGUGUCCAGUGGCUGAGCACAGUCAUCCCCACGCAACACGUCAACGCUCUUAUUUUCUUUUUCAUCAUCAGCAACCUGACAGUUGACUUGUUCGCUUUUGUCAUCCCCUUACUCGUCUUUUACCUGUCCUUCAUCUCUAUGAUCAUCUGCACAUUGCGUGUUUUCCAAAGCAGCAAGACUUGGGAGAACUUCAGAGCCCUGACAUCUCUUCUGAUACGUUUUGAACCCAGCCUGGAUGUGGAGCAAGCAGAGACCAACUUUGGCUGGAACAACCUUGAACCAUACCUCUACUUUAUUGUGUCCGUUUUCCUCGUCAUUUUCUCAUUCCCUGUUGCUGAUAAGGGCUGGAUCCCCUGUUCUGAACUCUCCACUGUGGCCAUAUUCUUCACUGCCGUCAGCUACAAGAGCCUCAGCCCCACUGCUGCGACGUAUGCACGCCGGGCAAUGGUCAUAGAGGUCGCAUCGUCUUUGUGCUGCCUGACCCAGUUCCUGCCAGAGAAAAUGACAGUGCUCCGUUUGCUGGGGCGCACCGUUGCCACACUGCCACUAGGGGAGUCAGUGGUGCUGAAGCUCAGUCUCCCCUGCCUGCUGUAUGUUUACCUGUUCUAUCUGUUUUUCAGCAUGGCCAGGAUGCGUGGUUUCAGAGGGACGUACUGCUUCCUGGUUCCAUACCUUGUGUGCUUCAUGUGGUGUGAGUUCUCUGUGGUGCUCCUCCAGAGUUCCUCUGCCGUGGGUCUGAUGCGCACCUGUGUGGCCUACUUCCUCUUCCUGUUUGCCCUGCCUGUUUUGGCUUUUGGCCUCGCUGCCAUGCUCUUAAUCCAGGUCUUCAAGUGGUUCCUGGAGCUGGAACUGAUGAAGGUGAUUGUGACCCUGGUGGUUUGUGCCAUCCCUGUCACCCUACGGCUGUGGACACGGUUCAGCAUGUCUAUUCUGGAUGUCUUCCACUCACUGACCCACCGCGGCCCAGUCAAACUCAUCUUACUCUGUAUCUCCAUGGUGAUCCUGUUCUUCUCUAUCUAUGUGUAUCAUGCAGAGGGACAGAAAGUGUACAAUUCCACACUGACUUGGAGAAAGUACAGUCAGGUGUGCGGGCCACCUGCCUGGGAAUUGAAAGGCAAGGCCCAAACGCAGCUCUUCUGUAGCCACCUGCAUGGCCACAGAGUCACCUGGAUAGGCCGUUUUAAGCAUGUCCGGGUGGCUGAUACGGAUAACGGGGCACAGUCGGUCAUCAACAUGUUGCCAGUGUUCUUAGGAGACUGGCUGCGCUGCUUAUAUGGAGAGAAGUAUCCCAAAUGUGAACCAAAGAAUGAUACAGUUGCAAACCUAACAGCUGCCAAUUUGGAUGCAUCUGCUACCUUUUCACUGCCCAUGUUGCUCGGUACACAAGAAGAGGAAGAGAUGUGUGAGAUUAAGGCUCUGGCCAAGCACACCUGCCACAUCAAGCGCUUUGACAGCCACCUCUUUGCGGUGACAGUAGGGAUGAUCGGGGAUGCAAUUGUGGAAGACCCAGCCAGGGAUAUAGUCCUAAUAGCCAGCCAUGAGUUCAAACAAGUUCUGCUGAACAUAAAUCCUGGUAAUAUGGUGGAGUUCAGCACCAAGUUGGACGGAAGUCUAGGAGACCGAGCUCCUUGCUUCGAGUUGAAGGCAAUUCGCUGUCUGGAAUGUGUUUCGUCUCUGCUGACUGGAGGCAGGCAGGUGAAGAUAGAAGGGGACUGGAGACGCACCACAAUGAGAGCCUUGAAGUUUGCCUUUGAUUUUUUCUUUUCUCCCUUCCUGUCAGCAAAAAUCAACACAUAAGUAAGUCAACACGACAGUCAAGCUAAAGUAUUAAGGAUUCACUUACAUCUCUUCAGGAAACUAUGCUCUUCUUUUUUUUUGCAUUGUGAUCAUGUUACUUAUGUAACUUGUGGUAAUGUUUACAAUUUGAUCCUACAUGGAUCUACAGUUCAUGUUUACGUAUUGCUUUUUUGACAAUGCAAUAGUUAUCGUAACUUUAACGUUUUUCAAGGUAGUGCAUGAGUUUACAAAUAUUUCACUUCUAUGGUUCACAUAACUUAAAAGCAGUCAAUAACGGUCAGAUAUCAGCUUUGGGUUUAGACUUCUGUCACACUUGCUUUAAUCCUGUUAAACCCAGAGACAAAAACAAGUAUUUAUUUUUAUUUUUAUCCAACAUUAAAAUAUGACCUUGUAAAUUCACGUUUCCAUUUCCAGUAUUGUUUUACAUUUGAUAAAAAUCUGUAAUUUGAAGGUGCAAGAUUGUAUGCAAAGAAGCUUUUGUUAAGUGCUGAUUUCUACUAAAGAUACAGUACACUUGUUGAGAAUCAAAAGAUCAGAGUGAAAUGUAUUUUUGAUAAAGCAAUAUUGUUGCUGCUUUUAAGGAAUGUCUUACUCAUAUUAGGAAUAUGUUUGCAUGUACAGUAUGUGUGUGAUGUAAAUGUCCAUCUGGCUAUUUAUUUAUGUAGGUUGUGUGACAUAUUAUUUAUUCUUGGGUCUGUUAGCAAAACAUUAUCUGGCUCUGUUGUCUUAAAAGUUUCUGGUCUUAAUCUUAUUUUUAAUUGAUGAUCAGAUUGUUCUGUGCCUUAAGCUACAAUGUGCAUUACAUUUCAACUUAAAAACUAAACUUAAAACAUUGACCUAGUUUUUUUUUCACGUUUGCAUUGAGGCUGUAUAUAAACCCACAAACUUGUCAAAGUAUGCAGCUGUAGUCUCAGUUUCAUGGUUUGUAUUUCGUACUCGACAACAAAAUACCACAGCUAAGAUGUCAAGGGUGAAGGGACUGAAUUCACCGGUAGGUGAAACUUCUUAAAGUAAAUUAUUUUUUGGGUGGUUAAUCCGACUGUAGACAUACCAAAUAAAUAUUGAAUAGAGUUCAUUCCGUAGAAAUAGAGGGCCAGUAGUGUGAAUAAUUGAAAUGACUUGUUUUGCUAUAUACUGUAGUACAGAGUGCCUUUACAUUAUUCUGGUGUUGCGAUAAUAAAAAAAACGAAUAAAUUGCCACACAUUUAAAAUAUGCAACGUUGCCUCACUAUAUAAAUAGAAGUAUUAAGUAUGUC